GCGGGAGGCGGGCCGGAAAGUUUGUCCGGCGGCCGAGGCGGGGACUCCGGCGGGGGAUGCGCGCCGGCCCCAGCGCCCCCCAGCUCUCCAGGGAGUCUUGCUCGCCAUGGGCUGUCCCCAACUGCUCCUGCCCCUAUGUGCCUCUGUGUCUUUGCUGGGUGGCCUGACCUUCGGUUACGAACUGGCAGUCGUGUCAGGUGCCCUGCUGCCCCUGCAGCUUGACUUCGGGCUGUCCUGCUCGGAGCAGGAGCUCCUGGUGAGCGGCCUGCUCCUGGGGGCCCUCCUUGCCUCCCUGGUGGGGGGCGUCCUCAUCGACCAGUAUGGCAGGAAGCGGGCCAUCCUCGGCAGCAACGUGGUGCUCCUGGCAGGUAGCCUGAGCCUGGGGCUGGCUGGCUCCCUGGCCUGGCUGGUCCUGGGCCGCUUGGUGGUUGGCUUUGCCAUCUCCCUGUCUUCCAUGGCCUGCUGUAUCUACGUGUCCGAGCUGGUGGGGCCACGGCAGCGGGGAGUGCUGGUGUCCCUCUAUGAGGCCGGCAUCACCGUGGGCAUCCUGCUGUCCUAUGCCCUCAACUACGCGCUGGCCGGUGCCCCCGGCGGCUGGAGGCCUAUGUUCGGCUGGGCUGCAGCCCCUGCUCUUCUGCAGUCCCUCAGCCUCUUCUGUCUCCCCGCUGGGACCACGGAGGCUGCGGCCUGCAAGGACCUCCUUCCUCUCCGGGGGGGUGAGGCCACCAAGCCGGGGAGGCCAAGAUACUCCCUUCUGGACCUCUUCAGGGCCCGGGAUAACAUGCGAGGCCGGACCGUGGUGGGGCUGGGGCUGGUGAUUUUCCAGCAACUGACGGGGCAGCCCAACGUGCUGUGCUAUGCUUCUACCAUCUUUCACUCGGUCGGCUUCCGCGCGGGCUCCUCGGCCGUACUGGCCUCUGUGGGGCUCGGUGCCGUGAAGGUGGUGGCCACCCUGAUGGCCAUGGGGCUGGUGGACCGAGCGGGCCGCAGGGCCCUGUUACUGGCCGGCUGCGCCCUCAUGGCCCUGUCGGUCAGCGGCAUCGGCCUCGUCAGCUUUGCCGCGCCCAUGGACUCCAGCCCCAGUUGCCUGGCCGUGCCCAACGCCACCAGGCCGUCAGGCCUCUCCAGCCUGUCCUCUCCAGGACCCUCCAGCCUGCCAGAGGCCAUAACUCCACUUCCACAGCCCAUGACCAGCGAGAACCAAGGGAAGCCAGUGUCGUCAGCCUCUAAGAAAAGCAAGCCUCGUCCCAGAGCUGGGAACCCCACGGCCGCUCCCCUGCCGGCCUUCAGCGCCACCGCCCCUGCACCCCGUUCUGCCCCAGAGCGCACCCUGCUGCACUGGACCGCGCUGGUCUGCAUGAUGGCCUUUGUGAGCGCCUUCUCCUUUGGAUUUGGACCAGUGACCUGGCUGGUCCUCAGCGAGAUCUACCCCGUGGAGAUCCGAGGCAGGGCCUUCGCUUUCUGCAACAGCUUCAACUGGGCCACCAACCUCCUCGUCAGCCUCUCCUUCCUUGACCUCAUCGGCACCAUCGGCCUGUCCUGGACCUUCCUGCUCUACGGGCUGACCGCUGUCUUCGGCCUGGGCUUCAUCUAUGCAUUUGUCCCUGAAACAAAAGGCCAGUCCUUGGCAGAGAUAGACCAGCAGUUCCAGAAGAGAUGGCUCACCCUGAGCUUUGGCCACAGGCAGAGAUCCGCCAGCAUCCCGUACACCCGCAUUGAGGUCUCUGCAGCCUCCUGAGGAGUCCGUCCACCUGGAAGAUGCUGGAACCAUGGCUUUAGCAGACAGUCUCCAGCUUCCUGCUUGCCUGGGCCCUGGAGCACAAGGUCUCGGUCGUCCUGUAAGUCAUCCCUGCACCAGAAGAGGUCUCUCGGGCCUAGGUGAAAGAGGAGAAAGUUUGAGAACCCAAAAGUCUUCAUUUUGAAUCUCAGGCUCUGAGGGGCCCUGAGGAUCUGCCUUCUUGCCUCAAUUUCCCCAUUGUCUCUGCAUAUACCUGCCGUACUUACAAUGACAACAUCUCUUGGAGUCUGUUGCCUUCCCAAAGAACCUCUAGGGUACCAGCCCUGGAAGGAAGUCGGCUCUGGCAUCACCCCCAAAUCCAGAUGAGGAUGCUAUAUUCUCUGCUCUCUUUUCCCAUCUGGCUGGGAUUUUCUGGUAAGGGGAAGCCUGCUUUUGUCAUUCACCAGCAACCCAGACAGGUGGAGAAGAUGCUUGAGUUCUAGCCCUGCUUCUCCAGUGUCAUGCUGUUAUGACCAUAGGCCUCAGUUUCCCCCAUAUGUACAAUGGGGGGCCUGGACCAAGGAGUUCUUAAGAUCUCUUCCAAUGCCAAUGAGCUGGAAUUCUAAAUGCUGCAGGCCCUGCUUUCAAGGGACUGGCCAUCUCUUUGGGGGGGGGCGGGUGUCAGUUUUAAUUAGGGGAACAGGAAAUAGGAUUCCAGAAUCGUGGGCACUAAAAUCCAAGAGCUGCCCCAGUGCAUGAAGCCAGCUCCAGGAGCUGUUUCCAGGAUGGUGCAGGAGAGCUUUGUAGGAAGGAGGUGGGUUUGGAGGCCGACAAGCCCGGCCAUUGGUGUUGCCUGUCUCCUGGUCACAGUUGACCUUGGAUCACUAGCAGCCCUCGCCAGCCUCAGUCCCCACAUCUGCAGAAUGGGGAUGAUUAGGCCCCCAGGGGUGUACUUAACCCCUGUCUUCCUGCAGGAGGGUCUUCAGCUGGUCCCCUUCAGCUCGUCAAGGCCUGGGCGGCGGGGAGGGGUCUGCUCACGCUCAGUUACCCAGGUCCCCACUGUUGGGACAUUGUUAAGGGUCAGCCCCCGAGGGGUGAGUCCGGUGGAUACUGAACAAGACGCUCAGGCCGGAAGUCACCAGGGGAAGGGCCUGGCAAGAGUGAGUGCUGGAUGCCGAGGAAAAUGAAGAGCUGAAGCUGACCCAGGGAGCCGCUGUGGGAUGACGCUUGGUCACGUGUGCCUGCGCCACGCCCACAGGACUCUCUGGCCCCUCGACUUCUCUCCUCUUGUUCUAGAUGCUUUCCUUGUACCCAGUGGUGUGCUGGAGGCCCCUCCUACUACCUUGUGAGAGCCCAUUGUUAUGCUUUUGGGACUUUUGCCAGCUGGUUGUUAAACACAGCCAUUUAGAUAUUAAAUUAUUGAAUAUUUCAAUAAAUUAUAUUAAAAGCAAAAGUAACAAAUACUAAAACCUCAUCACUGCCUUAUUCUGCUACGUUUCACUAUCGUGUGUGCUCUUGAGGCUGCUUGCACAUAGUGUGUCUUAUGAGAGACACGGGAGGUCCGGCAUGUCUCCCGAUUCCGAGUACAAGGCAUCAGGCCCGCGGGGAGGGACUUGGCACCACAGGGAUGGGGGAUCACUACAGGCCAGGGCUUGCCUUAUUGUUUCCUUGAUACCCCAGCCUUAAGAAUGUGAUGGAUGCAAUAAUGCCAAUUAAUCUUGUGUGUCUGUCAUGUCUGUAGCGGAGACAUGGUGAGUGGCACUAAAAAUUGAGGAAAGAUUCUUUCACUUUCAAAGGCUAUUACCCAAUGCAACAAACAGGUUGCUCCCAUCCUCGAUGAAGGUGUUCUGACCUACGUCUCCCUUGUUUUACUUUCGUCUGAUUCAUUAACGUCAACAAAACUUUCAACCCGCGUUCAUGUCGAAACUACACUCACUCUGCUGAGACGCGAGGGGCUCCUUUGCUGUGUCGGAUUGUUGGCCAGCGUUUAUUCCUCGUCUGAUUUGUCAAGUCGUGGCGAAAUGGCAGUGAUAGCUGGUUUUGGAUACAAGAAUUUGGCCCCCCCAAAAAAAAUCAACAAAAUCCAUCUGUGAAAAUGAAUUGGCUAUAUAGAAUUUAUAAAGAAUUAUUAUUUGUAAAUAUGUAAAUUUUGUGUAACAAACACAUAAAAUCUAUCCACACACACACAGUUGUUCUCCUGGAGAACAGUGGUUCAACACUUCCCAGCACACCACUUCUUUCAUCUGUCCUUGUGGCGCCUUCAGAUCCAAAUCUCUCUACAAAGACCCCUAGGGCUCUCUCAAUUCCUCUUUCCUGUCAGCCUAGAGAAUGGUUAGACUGGUCUCAGACUGGUCAGGGUCAUAAACUCAGCGGUCAGACAGGGAAUGUAAAUGAUUGGAGCCCUGUGGUAAGACCGCGAGGAGGAGUGAGGUCUGUGGAAAUGGGCAAACACAGGCCUCUCUAAAAGGGAGAGCUGACCAAUUCCAGCUCGUGGCCGCCAUGUAGGAACGUGGGCCCAUCGUGGCCUGACCAUCUGUAUUUUCAAGAGAAUUUCAGACUUCGGUACAAAAUUUUCUGACUUGUUAAAGUGGCAGUUGAUUCUUUUUUUUUUUUUUAAGAUUUUAUUUUAUUUAUUUGAGAGAGAGCAUGAGAGUGAGAGCACACGAGCAGGGGUGGGGCAGAGGGAGAAGCAGGGAGCCCCACACGGGCUCGAUCCCAGGACCCUGGGAUCAUGACCUGAGCCGAAGGCAGACACUUAACCGACUGAACCACCCAGGCGCCCAGUAAUGACAGUUGACUGCUUAGUGAAAAAUAGCUUUUCAGCUCAACAAAACACACCUGUGGCUAAAUCAUGGCCUUCUGUUUGUGCCUCAGCUCUUGAUAACUUUCCUUCUGAGACACUCCUUUCCUUUGGAUUCUUCAGGCCCCCAGCUUAAUCUCUGUAAAGAGUCAUGGCUUUGGAAGUCAAUGCCAAGCAUAUGGAGCAGCGAAGCAACGUGAAUUGAAUAAAUCAGCGAGGGUGUUAAUGAACAUGGAGGGAAGCAAUGGUUCAUAUCUCCAACAUAUUGAACUGGCACAGUUAGGUGUGGGACUUGGGUAAUGGCUCCUCUGUGUAUCGGGGAUGAUGCUAUUAACUAUUUAGAGAUGAUAUGUAUCAAUCACUAGUUCCAAGCUGCGCCCUUGGGUGCUCACAAAUGGUUGAGUCCCAGCAGCCUCCGGGAGCAUCUGGCCCUGGGUGAGGUGGAUGGAGAGGGCAAGAACCAGGUGUCCGUUCAUAAUGGGUGGACGGGUAGGGGGGCGUCAAAGAAAUCUAUGAGCGGUACCUAUUAGGUGCUCAGCAGUCUUUAGCACCAACCAGAAAAGCCACGUGGUCUGUUCCGUGAUCUGCAGGGCGGGUGGUGGGAAGUUCUUCUCUUCCUCCCAGAUAAUCGCAGAAUCAGUUCAGGAAAGCAUUUCCGAAAACCCCAGUAUCAUGCGUAGCCUUUUCAGAUGUGUGCCCAUCACGGAGUCCCUUCCUGCCGUUUGCCAAAUGGCCCUACACAGACUACUUACUGAAUACUUUUCUUUAAAGUGAUUUGCUUUUCAGGACACCUGGGUGGCUCGGUCAGUGAAGCGUCUGCCUUCAGCACAGGUGAUGAUCCCAGUGUCCUGGGAUCGAGUCCCAUGUUGGGCUCCUUGCUCAGUGGGGAGCCUGCU